UUGGGCGGUUUUUGCCGUUAUCUUUGACGACUUGAAGCCUUGUAAUAAAUGUGACGUCUUUCUUUUUUUUUUAAGUUAACGACAACUUUCCAGUUGAAAUUAAGGCAAGUCGUUUUCAUUUUCCUCCAUUUGAGUGGCUCUAGGUUGUGCGGAGAACGGCGGAGGAGGACCAGGGAGCCACGUCAACAGGAACCGACGACAGUGCGACAAAACCUGCUUCGGUUAGCGUCGUUAGCCACUCGGCACCGCAGGUAGACGUCGCCAUUAACGCUUUUUAACCAAAACAGUGGUUGUCAAGGCAAUAUAAACAUGGCCGUCUGGAGAAGACUCGGCUGCCAGAACCUCCUGGCGGCGUCCCUGAUCCUGUGCGCCAUUCAACUGGGCGUGGACGUCAGAGCGCGGCCUGCCAACAUGUCCGCCGCCACCAAAGACAAGAACACCGGCGGCAAGGACGACAACGAGAUCCUCCCGCCAGGCCACUUGAACGGCGUGAAGAUGGAGCUGGACGGCCACCUCAACAAGGACUUCCACCAGGAGGUCUUCCUGGGCAAAGAGAUGGAGGAGUUUGACGAGGACUCUGAGCCGAGGCGGAACAGGAAGAAGCUUAUUGAUAUCUUCACAAAAGUGGAUUUCAACAAGGACCGCAGUGUGAGCGCCAAGGAGAUGCAGCGCUGGAUUAUGGAGAAGACGGAGGAGCACUUCCAAGAGGCCAUGAAGGAGAACAAGAACAGCUUCCAUGCCGUCGACCCGGACGGUGACGGUCAUGUGACGUGGGAUGAAUACCGAAUCAAGUUCCUCGCCAGCAAAGGUUUGAACGAAAAGGAGGUUGCAGAGAAAAUCAAGAAUAACGAGGACCUGAAACUGGAUGAAGAAACUCAGGAGGUUCUGGAAAGCCUGAAGGAUCGCUGGUUUCAGGCCGACAACCCCCCUGGCGACCAGCUGCUGAACGAGCAGGAGUUCCUGUCCUUCCUGCACCCGGAACACAGCCGAGGAAUGCUCAAGUACAUGGUCAGAGAGAUUGUGCGCGACUUGGACCAAGACGGCGACCAGAAGCUGGCGCUCUCAGAGUUCAUCUCGCUGCCCAUGGGCACCGUGGAGAACCAGCAGGCCCAGGACAUGGACGACAACUGGGUCCGCGAGCGGAGGAAGGAGUUUGAGGACGUCAUCGACUCCGACCGCAACGGCAUCGUCACCAUGGAGGAACUGGAGGAGUACAUGGACCCGAUGAACGAGCACAACGCUCUGAACGAAGCCAAGCAGAUGAUCGCCGUGGCCGACGAGAACCAGAACCACACCCUGGAGCUGGACGAGAUCCUCAAGUACAGCGAGUACUUCACGGGCAGCAAGUUGAUGGACUACGCCAGGAACGUCCACGAGGAAUUCUGAAUCCAUAAGGCCCGGUUUGAUAUUUGUUUGCUUUCAGAGCCGACCUGAGCCGGCCCGUAGGACGUGCAGGCGGCGCCGUUCUUCCUGUUGAAUGUGUCGAUUAGCGUGCUUACUGUGUUGGCAGCACGUGUAUUUGAGACUUAAUGAGACUGAAAGUGUACAGUGUAAAUAUUCAAACUACUCACAUACAGCAUUGCUUUUUAACAUCACUAAGCACCGCCCCCCCCUCCUUCAAACAGCUUUCAAAACAAACGACCAUGAAUGAAUAGCAAUGUUAUGAUGCAUGGGACACAUUAAAAGGUGGGGGACAGGAUGUGUACUCGGCAGACUAAACCAGUACAGUCCAAACUUUGACGGCGAAGCUAGAAGUCAGAGUUUGAAAACUUGACCGUAGAAGUCGCUGUCUUGCGGGUCUACGACUACGUACGUCAAAGUAGCCAAGCGUACAGAGUUGCGCAACAGAUUUUAUGUUUUUCAACACACUCAUCAGCUAUACUUUUCAGUCUCUCUCCCAACUUCCUCCUCCUGCACCCGGCCCCUCACUGUUAAAGACAACAGAUGGUUAGAUUAACACGUACCACCUGUGCAAUCUAAUCAUCUGCCAGCUGUGUCUCGCCGUCAGCGCAUGCCACGCCCCCGUCUGAUGGCGCUCUGUUUUCAGCACCAUGGACAGAGGCGGUGACCUUUACUCCUGCAAGCGCGCUGACCACACUCCCUUUCCACAUUGACGUUGGUCCAAAACGUCGUCCCUAAGAAAUCCAAGCUACAGUAUGACAGUAUUUUUUAUUUUUUGUUUAAAAAUAUUUAUGGUGAACUAGCUUCUAGAACAGGGUGUCAAAAGUGCGACCCGCAGCUAAUUUUUUUUAGAGAAAGAUCUUUAAAAAGUGGAAUAAAAUAUCAUAAAUAAUGAGAAAAAGUAUCAAUGUUGACUUUAAUAACACAAAGCUACCAUGCAGGUUGUUUUGUUUUUUUAAAGUCAUUGCUCAAAAAAUAAUGAAUCAAAAUCAAUGUUGUGAUGCAUUGUUGACCUAUUGAAGGCUCCAAUUACCGUAUUUUUCGGACUAUAAGUCAGUUUUUUUCAUAGUUUGGCCGGGGGUGCGACUUAUACUCAGGAGCGACUUAUGUGUGAAAUUACUAACACAUUACCGUAAAAUAUCAAAUAAUAUUAUUUAGCUCAUUCAAGUAAGAGACUAGACGUAUAAGAUUUCAUGGGAUUUAGCAAUCGGGAGUGACAGAUUGUUUGGUAAACGUA